AGUUUCAGACAGCGUUGCCGCGGUAACCGGAAACGACGCCUCGCCAAGCCUAGAGAAAACAGCGAGCUCUGAUUUACGGCGUUAUAUUACUGUAAAUAAUUCUUAUAAGCUUUAAAAUCGGCUCCAGAUAAAACGUCUUUAAGGUUGUUAAAGUUAUUAAAGGCGAUGGCUGUUUAUUUUGAUCACCGUGUUGAUGCACCGGACAGUAACGGGGAGACCAGACUUAUGACGUGGCACUCUGCUCAGCCCUUAUUGGCUGUCGGCUCCUUUAACCCCGCCUCCGGAGGCUGCGUAGACAUUUACCUGCAACAGGGCGAGCGUGUGGAGUCGUGUCACGUGGAGCGUGUGUGUGCGCCGGCGCUGUUGCGUUGGCAUCCCACUAAACCGGUGCUGGCUGUGGGCUGGGAGACGGGAGAGACCCUGCUGCUGACUCACCCGCACGGAGAGCACACGCCCCUCCCCAACUACACACACACCACCACUGUCACACUGCUGGAGUGGAGCUGCAGCGGAGCCAGACUGGUCACAGGGGAUCAGGCAGGGGUGCUGGUCGUGUGGAAGCUGGAUGCUCGAGGGAGACUGAACGGAACUCAUGUGACGAAACAGACCUACAGUAAACCCUUAACCAACUGCAUCUUCAGACCCACACCACCCACAGAGGAUGUUGCGAUGCUGGCAAAAGCGGCGGUCAGUGGUGAUGAAGAAGCUCUGGAUAAAUUUAAUUGGAAGAAAAGUGGCAAAGGGGGCGGAGCUUGGUCUCCUGGCUCACAAGAAGGACUCAUCAUCUACGUUAGCACCGCUGAUGGGUGUGUGUACAGCGUGGACGAGAAUGGCCGUAGUGUACAUUUGCUGACUGUAGAGGGCAGAGUGCAGAAACUGUGUUAUUUGGAGCGCAGGGCCGUACUCGCCAUCGUCACAGACUCCCUGCUGCUCUCGCAGUUCAGCCUCGGUCCAGACGGGGGCGCUCAGGAGCUCAGCAAGGUGAAGCUGAGCGGUAGAGGAGGUCAGAGCUCGGACAUCGUGUGGACGGAGAGCGGCCUGCUGAUCACGGCAUCAGGAGAUCAGAUCAUCAGGUUGUGGGAUCUGGAGAGAGAUGAUAACUAUGUCCUGGCUCUGGAUGAGAACCUGGGCUUUGAGAAAGGAGAGCUGCUCAAUUGUGUGUCCUUCUGCGCUGCUAAAGCGGUCCUUGCAGCAGGCACCAGCAGGGGGCGUGUCGCUAUGUGGCAGAUGGUGACACUGACCAAUCAGAAAGGAGACACAAAAACUCAGUGGAGGUUACAGACACCUACAGAACUGGAGGGAAACAUUACACAGCUGCAGUGGGGCUCCAGUCUGCAGCUCUUGGCAGUGUGUAACAGCAGUGCAGUGUUAAUUCUGAGUGAACAUGUGAUGAGUUCUCACUACAGCCAGCAGGGGGCAGCGGUGCAGCUCUCACCCACACAGCUCAGCCUGACCUGCUUCACCUCCAACACACACCUCACACUGCGCACGGACACACACAUCAGAGCUGUGCAGGUCUCCAAGGACACAGUGACUGUAUGGGAUGGGAGGUGUGUAACAGUGUAUGAGAAGUCAGGACAGUCCCUACGCAGCACAGCUUCUUUUCAGUGUGACUCUGCUGCUCUGGCGGUUCAUGAAGAGAAUAUUUAUACUGUAGAGCCGAACCGAGUGCAAGUCCGCACACAGCAGGGCACUGUAAAGCAGCUGCUGGUGUUUACAGAGGCAGAGGGGAACCCUGUCAUGCUGAGUGUGUGUGGAUCGUACCUGGCUGUUGGGACCGACACUGCUCAUGUCAGAGUGUUCGACCUCUCACGCAGAGAGGCCAAGCCUCUGUGUAACGCAAAGAACGUGGCUGAACUCAUUCCUGACCUCGGAGCUCUGAAAUCAGUCAAGUGCAACGCUAACGGCAGCCAGCUCAGCAUCCUGAUCACACAGGUAAAUGGGCGUCCUGCUCACAGGGUGUAUUUCUAUGAUGUGGAGAUGGACACACUCUCUCACUUUGACUUCUUCACUGGUCGACCUCUCAGCGGCCUCUCACAAUCCGAUGACAACCAGAGAGCUCAGCGUGAGGAGGCGGAGCUUGCAGGUCGUUAUCCAGUCUCUCAGUUCUGGGACGAGAGUGAGCCACGCCUCUUUGUGUGUGAAACAGUUCUGGUGAACUCUGAGUACCACAUCGCCAACCAGUCACACGCCACGGACAAGGUGGAUGUGUUGGUGGUGACGUUCUUCGUGACUCAAGAGCACGGCCUCCUCCUGCAGGACUCUCAGCCCAGACCAGCUGCUCUACAGGGUUUACUGGCACUGGAUACUCCGUACUACUACUACACCUGCAAGCUCUUGUUUCGGAGAGGUGGAGUCUUUCUCCCACAUCCAGGUGAGCUGGACACAACGUCUCCGGCCCCUGCCGCAGUUCCCUCCUCCACCCACAUGGUGGUGCGGCGAGCCCUGCGUGACUUCGUUGGUUUGGAGAGCUGUGAGAAGCAGACCAGAGAUGCCAUGCUGAACUUCAGCUUCUACCUCACCAUCGGGGACAUGGACGAGGCCUUCAGAGCCAUCAAACUCAUCAAGAGCGAGGCUGUGUGGGAGAACAUGGCUCGGAUGUGUGUGAAGACUCGGCGCCUGGACGUGGCACGUGUGUGUCUGGGCAACAUGGGUAACGCCCGAGCAGCUCGAGCUCUCAGAGAGGCGGAGAAAGAGCCGGAGUUGGAGGCACGAGUCGCAAUGCUCGCUACGCAACUCGGCAUGCUGGAUGAAGCUGAGGCUCUGUAUCGUUCCUGCGGGAGGUUCGACCUGUUGAAUAAGUUUUAUCAGGCGCGUGGUGAUUGGCAGAAAGCCAUCGAAACGGCUGAGAGUCACGACCGCAUCCACCUGCGCAGCACCUACUACAGCUACGCACGACACCUGGAGAACACGGGAGACAAGAACCUGGGCCUUACCUAUUACGAACGUUCUGAUACACACCGGUUCGAGGUUCCCCGAAUGCUGAUGGAGGACAGUGUGUCUCUGGAGCUCUACAUUAACAAGAUGAAGGACAAGUGCCUAUAUAAGUGGUGGGGUCAUUAUCUGGAGAGCCAAUCAGAGAUGGAGUCGGCGCUGCGUUACUAUGACUAUGCUCAGGAUUACCUGUCUCAAGUGCGUGUGCACUGCUACCUGGGGAACAUCCAGAAGGCCAGCGAAAUUGCCAACGAGACAGGCAACCGAGCAGCGUCCUAUCACGUGGCACGGCAAUACGAGAGCCAGGAUCAGAUCAGCCAAUCGGUGCACUUCUACACACGUGCUCAGGCGUACAACAACGCCAUCCGACUGUGUAAGGAGAACCACAUGGACGAGCAGCUGAUGAACUUGGCUCUGCUCAGCAACCCGGAGGACAUGAUGGACACGGCCGCCUACUACGAGGAGAGGGGAGAGCACAUGGACCGAGCCGUCAUGCUGUAUCACAAGGCAGGUCGUGUUUCUAAAGCUCUGGAGUUGGCGUUCAGUACGGAGCAGUUUGGAGCGCUGCAGCUGAUUGCAGAGGAACUGAAUGAGAACAGCGACCCAGCCGUGCUCACACGCUGUGCCGACUUCUUCAUCAAACACACACACUACCAUAAAGCCGUGCAGCUACUGGUGGCUGCCAAGAAGUAUCAUGAGGCGCUGCAGUUAUGUUUGGACCAGAACCUGACCAUCACUGAGGAUCUGGCUGAGAGCAUGACCGUGUUACAAAGCUCCGCCCACCUGUCAGAGGAGGAGCGUAAGGAAUUGCUGGAGCGAAUCGCAGACUGCUGCAUGCGCCAGGGCAACUAUCACCUAGCAACCAAGAAAUACACACAAGCUGGGAAAAAGAUCAAGGCAAUGCGAGCGCUGCUGAAGUCGGGUGAUACAGAGAAGAUCGUGUUCUUCGCUGGCGUGUCUCGGCAGAAAGAGAUCUACGUGAUGGCGGGGAAUUACCUGCAGUCUCUGGACUGGAGGAAAGAUCCGGAAAUCAUGAAGAACAUCAUCGCCUUUUACACAAAAGGACGUGCGCUGGAGCUGCUCGCCGGUUUCUACCAGGCCUGUGCACAGGUAGAGAUUGAUGAUUAUCAGGACUAUGAGAAGGCAUAUGGCGCCCUCACUGAAGCUUGUAAGUGUCUGUCCAAAGCCAAGAGUCGCAAUGGAGACGAGACAGACGAGCGACUUGCACAACUCACACACCACCUUACGCUCAUUAAGAGAUUCAUACAGGCACGCAGGCUGUAUGAGCAGGACCCUGCAGCAGCUCUAUCAGAGUGUGAGUGUUUGUUAGAGGAGUGUGAUCUGGACCCUGCAGUGAGAGUAGGAGACGUCUUCGGCUUCAUCAUUGAGCAUCACUGUCAACACGCCAGCUACCAGAAGGCAUGGAUAAAGCUGGAGGAGCUGAGACGUUUGCAUCCCUCGGUGAACGUGAGUGUGUACGUGAGCGCUUGCAGUCUGGACGCUCUGCAGAAUGCCAUCGGAGUAAGACUCAACCAUGGAGACACUACACACACUAACACACACCACCGAGACACGGACAACACACACUCACGCACACAGAGCGACGGAGAGGACGAGGACGAAGUGGAGGAGGACGAGAACCUUAAUCACUGAGGGGUGUUUAAUACAGAAUUCACACACACACAUACAUACACACAAAAACACACUACUUCAUCAAAGAGUGUAUGAGUGUGUGAUCAGUUCUGAGCCUUCAACACAAUGGCUUGUGUGUAAUGCCUUCAGGAACGGACAUUCCUGCCACAUCUCCUCACACACACACACACACACACACACACACACACACACAAACACGCCAUGGUUUGAAUUUUGUGCGUGUGUAAGUUAUUUUUUAAAUUUAAUUAUGCCUAUUUUAUACAUUUUACACAAUAUUUAUAGGACACACACUGUAAUGUUUUGUAUUAUUCCCUGUAUAGAAUGUUUCUCUAUUUUAAUAAAAGUUUUUAACUCCUGA